AUGUCCGGCGCCACUAAGUUGCUUUACAGGGCCUUGUCUAUUGCGGACAUCUUAACGUGUUCAGGUCUAAUCUCCGGGGUCAUCACAUCCAGUAUAACGGCAGCUACAGGACGCCGAAGUGAUAUCGCAUGCAAAGUUUUUGGUUUACUGAUGACCUGUGCUCCGGGUACCAGUGCUAUUCUCAUUCUCCUGCUCAACCUCGAUAGGUUCAUCUGCAUCACCAGACCUCUCCAAUACCCUUCUAUCGUUACGAGAUGGAAGAGUGCUGUAGCGAUUGCCAUCGCCAUCCCGUAUAUUUCAGGUUUUACAACUUUGUUUGUCCUUAUCCACGACAGGAACCUGUCCGUCAUCCGUGAGCACAAGUCCCUCUAUGUUUGCAAAGUGGCGUUUUCCGAGCCAUCUUUCCUACCCUACACCCUCCUCAUGUUUUCAUCUAACAUGUGGUUGGUAGCAGUGAUUCUAAUCGCCAUGUAUUCCAAAAUCAUCAUGAUAUCGCGUCAUCACAUCGCUAGAAUGAAUGAACAUCAAAAGAUCGCGAACCGAGUCCUUCGUACGAAUGGCAACGCUGCUCUGGCGGAUGAACAGGACCAGAUACGAUCCGCAGCGCAGCACUUUGAUCCGUCGAUCGUCCGAGCUUUUCGUCAAAAUAUUCGCACCCUCCGAACCCCGUUGUUGAUCACGGGAGGUUAUCUUAUUUCCUGGAUACCAUUUUCUGUUGUAGAAGUUUAUAUUUCUGUGUCAGGAGCGACUUAUCUUCUCGAUGGAUUUCUAUAUAAAAGUGUUGCCAGUGCUGCUGCGAUGAAUAGUAGUGCAAAUCUGUUUGUGUAUUUCUUGUCGAGGAAGGACCUUCGACGGGCUGCCAAAUGGGUAGUGUUGUGCAGACGAGAGAAUUAG